AAACACGUGUACUUGAAGAAAUAUGUAUUACACAUUGAAUGAGUUUAAGAACGCUGAGUGGGUGGAGCUAUCACCACACCAUUGGAAUGUGAUUAAGAUCGACCAAUCAGGAACUUGGCAAGUAUUUACAAACUGUGCGUCAUUAAAUGUGUAUUAUCUCUCUGGCUGUUUGUAACAUCAUGUAUUUUUUUUUUCAAUCGUAUUCGAGAUUAGACUCAAGAGUUUCGGGAGACUAUUGUUGCUGCUGCAAAGGACUACUAAUAGUUGAAACGUGGACGUCGUGCGAAGUACGUCGUUCAUAUUGUCUUUCUUUAUGUGCGAUGUUCAUAGUGCCGAAGAAAGGGAAUCAGUAUUUUUUAUUUAUCAUAUGAUUAUUCUUGACAAUCGAUCUAAACGAAUUAACAAUAAACGAUAUAAAGUAUAAGAGAAUUCCGAAAUGAAUUUAUCGUUUGCUGGUUGCGGUUUCCUUGGUAUUUACCAUGUUGGUGUAGCAGUGUGCUUUAAGAAAUACGCUCCACAUUUACUUUUGGAUAAGAUUAGUGGUGCAUCGGCUGGUGCUAUCGCUGCUUGUUGUCUUCUUUGUGAUUUGCCCCUCGGGGAGAUCACAAGUAAUGUAUUACGCGUUGCGCGUGAAGCACGACAACGAACUCUUGGUCCAUUUAGUCCAUCAUUUAAUGUACAGGAGAUAUUGUUAGAAAGUUUACAGAAGCAUCUUCCUAAUGAUGCUCAUAUUCGUGUUAGCGGCAAGCUUCAUGUUUCCUUAACAAGGGUAUACGACGGAAGAAAUGUAAUUGUUUCACAAUUCUCGUCUAAGGAAGAUUUAUUGCAGGCAUUAUUGGCUAGUGCAUUUGUCCCAAUUUUUUCUGGUCUCUUACCACCAAGAUUUCAUGGUGUUAGAUAUAUGGAUGGUGGUUUUAGUGAUAAUCUUCCUACACUUGAUGAAAAUACUAUUACAAUUAGUCCUUUUUGUGGGGAAAGUGAUAUUUGCCCUAGAGAUGUUUCUUCUCAACUUUUCCAUGUCAAUUUAGCUAAUACAAGUAUUGAGCUUUCAAGACAGAAUAUAUAUAGGUUUGCAAGAAUACUUUUCCCACCAAAUCUAGAAAUGCUCUCAAACAUGUGUAAACAAGGUUUUGAUGAUGCAUUAAGAUUUCUUCACCGCAAUAAUUUACUUAAUUGUACCCGAUGUUUAGCUGUACAGUCCACGUUUGUAGUCUCAGAAACUCUUGAUGAUAACAUGGAUUAUGAUCCUGAAUGCUUAGAAUGUAAAAUGCAUAGACAGGAAGCGCUAGUAUCUAAUUUACCUGAGACAGUUAUGACCAUAUUUCAAGAUGCAAUUGAUUCUGCUAAUAAAGGCCUCAUUAAUUGGUUAUUUAAACAUCGAAGUGUAAAACUUUUAUCAUUACUUAGUCUACCAUGUACACUGCCAGCAGAUGUAGUAUAUGCAACUUUCACAAAUCUGAUUGGUAACAAGAUAGAAAGUCACACCUUGGAAUACAAUAUAAUUGGCAAUAUUCUUCAUACAUCUCCACAAAUGUCUUGUGCUAGACAUAAUAUGACAUCUUCUUGGUUUAUUUUGAAUGUGCCUAAAUUGCGAAGGAAUCUAUUAGAAUUAAGAACAUUUUUAUUAAAUGAAUUAUGUAUGCUAUUUCCUAAAAUCAAUGCCUAUUACCAAGUGCCACAGACUAUUAAAUGUCAGUUAGAUAUUACAGAAUAUGGUUCAAACAUAUAUGAUAUGGAAGUAGCAGACAAGACUGAUAAUUUAUAUAAAAAUAAGAAAAAUCUAAAUUUGACAUUACAAUACAAUGAAUUACAACCAUGGGAGGAUAAUGGUAAUACAUCAAAUUGUGUUAUAAAUAUGUCCAAUCUUUCAACUGUUGAUGAUACUUUUGAAAAUAUUCUUCAGGUAACUUCUGAGCAAGAAGCUGUAAUGGCAUAUUAUUACAUGGAUGAUAAUAACAAAGUGCAAGUGACAGAGAUAUUUGACGUUACAGACUCUGACUCACAUGCAAUGUUAUCUAUAGAAGAAAUUGAAAAUAAUACAAAAUUACAAUUUGAUGAGUGGGAUACACCCACAUGGUUAUCUCAACACACCCUCAAUGAUACUGUAACAGAAUCCCUAUAUACUGAUGCAGAUCAACAAAGCAUAGAAAAUUUAUCAGAAAUGUCUUUAGAAGAUGAUAUUUUGGGUGUGUUAAAUACAUCUUCUGAUCCAGAGAGUGAAUGGGAAAUAAGUAAAAAUUUACAAACAACAAGAGCUUCCAACCCACCAAUUUUCCAAUCAGAAAUGGAUUAACAAUGAGUAAAGAUUCAAAGUAAAAUAGAUUUUUUCUUAUGAAAAUUAAUAUAGACAAUGAGUAUCAUCACUAUGUAUAGUCAAUUAUAUUAUCAGGUAUGCAUAUUUUUGUAGUCAAUAAUGUUGGUGAUAUUAUAGAGAGAAAUAGUAUCAGUGUGCUCAAUAUUGAUAAUUUUUUAUAACAUUUGAAGAACAUGUCGUUUAAAGAAGUAAAGAAUAUGGAUGAAAACACUUUUAUUAAACAAGAGCAAUCUGUGUUAUGUACUGAUAAAUAUAAGAUACAACACAAGUAACCAUAUAAAAAUGUGAUAUAUAUAUAUAU